UAACAAUGCGGUGAAAAGAAGGUUGAAAAGACGGCCUGGCACCUUGACGGGUGGGUGGUUGCGGACGCGUUGUGUAACUAUCGAUUUCAGGGACCGCCAGUGCCUCCCCAGCAGUUGUGGAGAGAAUCGUCUCGCGAUGGAGGCCGUUGUGAGAACGAUGACAGACGGCUGGCGAGGUCGUGCCUGCGUCGUCGUUUCUGCGGUGGUCGUCCUCAUCGUUGGCAGGAAAAUCAUGAGGGUGAGGAAGAAAACCAGGCAGAGGAAAGCCUGGGAUAGUGUGGGUCACAACGUGGUUCUUCUUCACCAGUUCCAACGAGGAAAAUUCUGCCCAAAUCUUAGUCCAUUUGCUUUGAAGGUGGAGACUUUCCUGAGACUUACAAACAUUAAGUAUGAGGUGGACACGGAAUCACCGUUCGGGCCGAAGGGCAAAUGUCCAUGGAUCACCCUCAACGGCGAGGACCUCGGCGACUCUGAGUUCAUCCUCGAGAGGCUCGCCAGCGAGUUCGACGUCGACCUCGACAGCCACCUCGACCCUCAGAAGGCGGCCACGCUCGAGGCCGUCAGGGUCCUGGCUGACGAACACCUCUUCUGGUGCGUUAUCACAUGGCGUUACUGGAUCGACGGCUGCGAAUCGUUCAUGAAAUCUCAGUCCUUCUCUCCUCUCAUGUCUCGCUUCUUCCCAGCGUUCAUGAAGAGGGGGAUAAGAGCGAGGGCGAGAGAACACGGCAUUGGAAAACACACGCCUGAGGAGAUCUUCCGUAUCUGCAAAAAAGCGUGUGCGACUCUGUCUGGAGUGCUUGGCGAGGCGCCCUUCUUCGGCGGAGAUCGACCUUCGAGUGCCGACUGCGCCAUCUUCGGCCAGCUGGCGCAGCUGAGGUGGAACGCCCCGGGGUCAAAGUACGAGGCGCUCGUCACAGAAAUGUAUCCGAACCUGAGUGCAUUCUGUGAUCGGAUGAAAACGCGCAUUUAUCCGGACUGGAAAGAACUGCUGAAAUCAAGCUAAAAUUUAGCGGAUUUAAACUCGAUUUUUCUCUUGCUUUCUGUGUUGACAAAAAGGCUAAUUUCUGUAUAUAAAUAAAAGCUAAUGAUUCUU